CUCAUAUUUUACAAUCACUUUCAUUUGUAGAGACCGUGCUUACAGUGUUGUUCGUUCUUUCAUCCUGUUUUGAACCGUUCUUGUACUUUGAGCUCCGAAGACCUUGUAGGUUCAUCGGAAUAUACCUUGUGGCUAAUCUGAGGAGAUGGAGGCCCAGGAUUCGAUGACACAGGUUCAGCCUCACAGACAGGGGCCACCGCAGGCUCAGCGGAGGAAGAGAAAGCAGCGGCAGCAUUCUGCUGAUAUAGUGUUCAUGAAAGGGACAUCUGUCCAGACCUUGCCCACUCUCAGCAAACAGCUGAUGAGUGUCAAAGAUGCCAUCAUUGGUCUUCAUUAUGUGUGGGAGUACCGAAGCCCCAGUAAAUCUGUCCCGCCACACUACCAGUGCAAACUCUGUGCUGUGUCCCGCGUGCAGCAUGAUAUGAUUGCACAUGUGAGAGGCUGGAAACACAGCUUCAAAUACCUGCAAAAAGCCCACCCUGAGAAGAUCACCUGUGAAGAGGCAGAGGCCACUAAAGACCCUGGUGAAAGGAAGAAAGUUAAAGAGGCUGCUGCUGAGGUGGAGCAAAUUGAGGGAAGGGGACAACUCAGGGUGAUCCUUAAAGAGCCUUGUGAAGUACCUGCGUUCAAAGGAUUUCGUUCUGCAAUCCCUAAAGUUAAGCCUCCACCACGUCCAGCAAUGGGUCCAAAAGCACCACCCUUCCGUUCCAGGAUUUUUGACUCACAAUUUACAGGGGAGUGUCCUCCUCCAGGUGGUCCUCUCUCUGACUACUCAGCAGUAGAAUAUGGGGAGCCUGGUUUUGGAGGGUACUCAAACAGGGAAGAUUUCCAUGACUCUGAUAUGGAUCUGAGGCAUUUUCCAAAUGGUAUGAGCAAUCACCCCACUCAGAGUGGAGAUGAUUUUGGACGAGGUGGUGAAAGACAUGGCUAUGGAAGGGGUGGACUGAUGGAGGAGAACCCCAGCAGAAUGUAUCCUGAUGAAUACCACAGUUUUGAAAUUGGGAGCAGUCCAAUGUCUAGAAUGGACAGACCAAUGGAGGAGCCACUGCAAAAGCCAGGCUUAAUGGGAGCGGCCCCAGAAAUCCAAACCCCUCCAAAUACACUGCUCAAUUACCUGGAUACCUUCCGUAUAGAGAAUGAGAGUGAUGCUCAACUGGUGCUGAAGGUGACACAGAAACUAACAGAUAUACUGAUGGAGUACAGACUGAGGAGCGUUUCAACGGGUUCUAGUUUGAGCAGCUUCACCAUGAACUCCACAAGUUUCUCCACCACAUCUUCCAGAUUGUCAGACAGUAGUGACCAAUACUCAAAUCGCCUAUCAGGUCCAUCCAGGUAUUCUGGACUUCAAUCCAGGUAUUUCAAAUGAUCAGAAGAUGUGACGUCAGAAUCUUCAAGUCGGUCCCAUGUGUGCAUCAUGACAUCCAAGAGUUGAUACUUUGAUUUUAUGUUUUUUACUUGUGUACAUUGUAUACAAAAUGCUCAUAUCUUCUUCAGCUUUAACUUUUUUUGUUAAUUCCUCAAGGUCCUGUUCUAUUAAACAUUGGAAAAUGCUG